GCCAUUUCCAGUUUGAAUCGAGGAAAUCGCGGUCGAAUGCGGUAAGGACAAAUAGAGACACUUGCCGCUAAAAAUAAUCCUGAGUGAUAAUGUUUGUCUCUGUGGGCUACCUGAUUAUUGCAGCGUAUCAGUGGUACCGAAACAGAGUCCGCCACUCAAUGGUCCACCGGUACAUCUCGUCGUCUCUCAGACUCGGAAGUGUGAUAGUUCAGAGGGUCAGCCCAUUAACUCAAGCAGUUGAUGUAAAACAAUCCCUUUGCAACUCAAAACUGGUGGAGAAGAUUGGGUAUUUGGGCGUGACAGAAUUGUUUAAUGAUGAUGAAAUAUCCAUCUCACAAACUGUGCCUAAGGUUCAGGUAAAUCUGGAUAAAUGGACGGCGUACUACAAAGACAUUGGCCAUGCUAAGCUGACUGCAGAGGAUCGCGAAGUUGUCGUUCUUUUAGAGUCUCUUCGACCCGCCGACGUGGAGACGUUUGCUGAGCAACAGAGUCAUGUUUCACUCAACAAAUCAUUCCAUAUUUUGGAUCAUGGUCAUCCAGUGGCUUGGAAUACAGGUCCUCCUUUUGGUAUCGUGAUGCAGUGCUCGGAAUCCGACUUCCUCACUCUGUGUUUAUCAUUCAUUGAUAAUGCCAUAAUAAUGGAAGAAGAUCUGCAAGUUAACAGAAUCAUCAGCAUUCAAACGAAAGGAAAGGCAGCAAACUUGGUCAAUUCUGACCUAAGGGAAGUAACGACAGUGGAGGAUGCUAGCAGUCAGUGGUCCAAUGAGUCAAUGGCUGACUCUGUCAGUCUGGCCAAUCACGAGGCGAUGGAAAUGUCCAGCCAAGACUGGGAGGGGGUGGAGGCAGAGAACGAGGUAGAUAUGAACAACUCCAACAUAGAGGACAUGGAUAUAGUUAUGGGCGAGAGCGGGUCCGGGGAGAUCAUGUUUGACCCCAAUGACUUCAGCAUGGUACCCCCAUCUGUUGACUCAAACGAGAAAUACUCCAAACCUCCGAACAUUGUGGUGUAUUGUGGGAAGAAAGAUGCAACUCGGAAGUUUGAGAGCUUGAAGCAGGUCUUGUAUCAAUGUGUACACAAUGACUGCUAUGUCAUCUACCAUCUGAAGCAUGAUGAAGUUCACACUGUGCCUUGGGCUGAAAACACAGCUCUACUGGUCCUGACCGAAGAAAAUCUGUAUGAUCAAAACGAUGACAUCAUUUGUCGGUAUUUUGAAAAGGGCGGCAGGCUGAUCAGUUUUGGGAGCAAUGUAGACGCGAACUUCGUACCCAGGAGAGAACUGUACAAGGGACCUGGGAUACGUAUUGUAAACUUUGAAGAGCACAAGAAUAUUGCGUUGUUGUGUGGGCGGUACUCUUACAUGAUGGACACCAACAGAUCGGAUAUCAAGGUUAAAGGAUUGGCAACCGACAACAAAGAACAAACAGUGGUGGUCGAGGUCUCUCAGAAUGUGGCAGAGCAAGCACCUGCCGGCAAAGCCAUUCUUUCUCAGGUCUUGUUGGAUCAGGAUCCGACGGACGUAGCCCUCAAUCAGGACGAAUUCAACCAGCUGAAGAAGUAUAACCCCACACGCUUCCAAAUUCUCACCCUCAUGUUAACCAGCAUGGGGAUCAGGUGUGAACAGGUCUCACAACCUGAACUCUCACCUUGCUUUCUCCUGACGAAUGACCAGGCGAACAAGGUGCGCUUUAUUAAUGGACUUGCAUCACGACUAAAAAGCGGAUUCCUGAAAUCCACCUCUGUUAGCCUCCAGUUUUUUCCACGUCUUAUGUCCGAGGUCACAGUUACGCCCUCAGUGCUUCCUGUGGUCACAGACAAGAUGGAGAACUUGAAAUACUUUAACAUUGAUGAAUACUGGGACAAUCUGACGACGACCAAGCUCGGAAAUGUCGUCCUGUACACCGAUGUUGUUCCGUCCACCAUGCCAUUGUUAGAUGGCCUGAUGUACUCUGAGCCUAAGUCUGUUGGUUUGAUAGCCAUUGCUGGUAGGCAAACCCAAGGACAAGGAAGGGGAGGUAACUCGUGGUUAAGCCCGGAAGGUUGUGCUAUGUUCUCCCUCCAUGUGAGAAUCGAGUUGGAAAAUUCUUUGGGGCGGGCCGUUUCUUACCUUCAACACAUCACCUCAUUGGCUGUGGUGGAGAGUGUCCGUACCUUACCAGGAUACGAGAAUGUUGACUUGCGAUUGAAGUGGCCCAAUGACAUUUACUACAGUGACAAGAUGAAGCUAGGUGGGGUCGUCGUCAAGUCUUCUUUGAUGGGAGGUGCCUGUGAUGCCAUAAUUGGUUGUGGUUUCAAUGUGAGUAACACUAACCCCACCAUCUGUAUCAAUGACAUCAUCAAGCAGUACAACAAGGAGCACAACACCUCUCUCCCAAUGCUGACCAAGGAAAAACUGCUGGCUCGAACUGUUAACUUGAUUGAAGAAUUUAUCAAAGAUUUCCAACUCAAUGGCCGCACAGGGUUUUGCAAGAAAUAUUAUCAGAGAUGGCUACAUGGAAACCAUCAAGUACAACUGGACACUGAGGGAGACCAAGUUUUCACUGUCCAGGGGGUGGAUGAGUAUGGAUACCUGGAGAUCAAAUCAAAAGAUGGGGGCAAAACCAUCAGUGUGCAGCCAGACGGAAACAGUUACGAUAUGAUGAGGAACUUGAUUCACAUGAAGACACACUGAGGGUCCGCUCCAGUCGGAGAUUUACCUGGAUACCUGUGCAGCAAAUCCAGCCCUAGAUAUACCUGUGUACCCGUGUAUUGAACAGGCUAGCUAGACUGUUUGUUAGCAGAUCAAGAGUGGAAAAUAGAUCCAUGAACAUCAUCAUCGUCAUACUCAUCACUAAAAGAUGUCUGUUAAUAGCGAUCUAGAGUGUAAAAUGACCCAUUAUCAUCCUCAUCAUUGUUUUCAUUGGUGGAAAAUAUCUUUUAGCAGAGUCAGUUGGUUAAUUUAUUCAAUAUCAUCAUCCUCAUUCUCACCAGCGGAAAUUGGCCAGGAUGUACAGGUUGAUCAUUUCACAGGAAAUUUUAUGUAAUUGUUAUUGGAAAACAUGAGGAAUAUGAACAAACAUUUCAUUUCCUUAAUCUUGAACAUAAAUGUUUAUACUAGUACAGUCAAACUUCGUCAUCUUGAACUGGAUGGGACUAUUUUAAAAUUUUGAGAUAUCCAAGUAUUCGAGAUAUUGAGGGUAAAAUACUUUUAAAAAAUAAGUGGUUGGGACUUACAAAUCACUUCGACAUAUACAUUGUAUUCGAGAUAUCAGUGUUCGAGAUAUCGAAGUUCAACUGUAUAGUAAUGAAUUUCAUAGCACAUUGGUCUGUCUAACUUUUUGGGAGUAAAUUUUACUGAAGAGUUGGUUUUCUCAAAAUUCACCAAAUUUCCAAGCCAUGACCUUAAAAAAAUUGCUCAGGAAUGUUUAUAUAUGUCUCAAGAGACUUAGAGAUCCCAUUACUUGUAACACCAAGCAUCCGUCAAUUUCUUUCAAAGUGCACCAAGUGUUUGUUUUUCUACAUAUAAAUUCUUGUGAUAACCUACACCUUGUCUACACCAUAUAGAUAGAGUAGUGACAAGUCAGAAAAUGGAAUCAUUUAAAGUAUUGUAGAAGUCGUGUAUUAUUUACAUUGUUAUAUGUUGUGCCAUAUUUCAUGUUUACACCUAUUUAUACGUCUAUAUAUGCUCAGAUUUUUUUCCAACGCAAACUCGUACAGCACACUGAUUUGCUAUGUCAUGUUGUUUAUUAAUUUUGUUAGUCUAGUAUUUCAUCCAUAGAUCCCUUGAAAUGCGUCAGGAUAUAAGAUCAUAGGAUUAUUAAUAUUGGUCUUCAUUAGAAAAAAAUAAAGAACUUUUUUUCCGAAAUGGAGAUUUUUUUUUAUUAUUAAUUUUCAAUUAGUAAAACUUCAAGUUUGAAAAGUAUCAAAAAAAUUCCCUCCCUCCUACCUGGGACUAAAAACCUUCAGGAAGUAAUUCUAAACAAACAUUUUUUAAAGGAUGGUCUUACUUUUUCCACCAUAUUUCUUUUCAGUUUGAAAUUAUGGAAAGCUGUUUUCUUUUAGCCACUUUACCAUCGAGGUGAAUAUCACAGAAGUUAAAUGAAUCCUAGUCCUAAAUUUCCCUUUUUCGCGAUUUUUAAAUCUAAUACUCUUUAUUUGACAUUAGUCAAUGUGAUGCUGAUAGAUAUUUUCUUGAUUUUUUUUGCCAGUGUAGCAUUUUAGCAUUUUGAAAGGGAAAUCUAGCAGAUAAAAAUCAAAAAUGCUUAAAAGCAUCAAUCUUCUAAAUGUAACUUACAAAAGUUUAUAACCAUCUCCAUUUUGAAUGUAACUUACAAAAGUUUAUAACCAUUUCCACUCAGAAUGUAUCUUACAAAUGCUUAAAAGCAUCUCUCUUCUAAUUGUAUCUACAAAGCCUCAAAGAUGGACAGUUUAUAUUUCGUGACCUUAAAGGUUAAGGUUAAAUGUUAAUGAGGACACUCAAAGGUCAGAAUUGAUUUUGACAGUCUUAUCACGUACACUUCAAUAUGACCACCUUUGAAGGCAGGUAAUGUGUAGAAAACUUGUUUUGUAACAUGUAUUAUGGCAGAUAAUGUGUAGAAAACGUGUUUUGUAACAUGCAUUAUUUUAUUGAAGUGAGCUCCCAAAGUUGAGAUGACAGUACAUGUACCACUGUCAAAGGAUAUAGUGUUAUCCAAGAAAAAAAAUAUAUUGUGAAGAAAUUUAUGAAACAGGUUGUUUUUCCAAGGAUUUUCUGUUUAAACAUUCAUUAGGAAGUUUUUGUUCCAAGUUAUCCAUAUAGUUUGAUUUACAUUGUUAUCGUUUUGCAUAUAUACAUGUAUUAUAGCUUUUAAAAAGUGAGAAGUUUUAUUGAACUGUAUAAUGACCCCGAGAUGAACACUGUCCCAUCAGAUUGCAAAAUCACCUUCCAGU